AACUUUAUUUACAUCAAUACCGACAUGGGUGAUGUUUGAAAUACGCGGGCUUUAUCUAAAGCGAAGAGCGUCGAUACGGAAAUGCGCGACGGCAGCGCAGUCUAGUGGUGGCGCACUGUACUAAUUACGUGUUCUACGGCGUCCUCAGAAUUUGUUCACGGAAAGUGUAUCGCCAUAUUGCUUCCGUGAAUUUAUUGAAAUAUUUGUUCAUUUCUCUUAAAUUAUGACUGCAAUAUGAAAAUAAAGUGAAAUAAAAUAAACCAUAGAAGACCAGUAACUGUGGGAACACUUUUUUAUGCUUGCCAGACUCUGAUAUUAAGGGAAAAAGCGUGGAGCAAGCAGUAUGUCGUUCGAGAAGAUGGAGGUUGUAAACCCGGCGGAAAAGGAGGCGAGCGAAGUGCUACACUCGCUAUUAUCUGUCGAGAGACGGAGCGUAGACAGCAAGGAGGCAAUCAUCGUGUCCAUACCGGCGGACCAGAACGGCGGCGGCGAAUACGGCGAGAGUGCCCAAUGGCACACGCCAGUUAUGGGCCAACAUUCCGUUUUCGAAAUGGGUGCUCCACAGAACAUGCAACAACACAAUUACAAUGGUCACCAAGAACCGGUACUAUGGCAAGGUCAUACAAUACAAGUAGAAAAUGGAGAUGCCAGUAUGCAAGGCAUUGCCACUUCAUACACCAUACAAUUUGGUUCACAAAUAGAAGGUGACACGGGUGAAUUGGAUGUGGAAACAAAGCCUAAAGUAGAGAAAAAAACUGGCACCAAAAAAAAGAGAAAAGCAGAUUCAGAUAGUGAUGAAGAGGUUCUUGAUAAUAAACUAGAGGAUAACCCUGCUCAGGUCAAAGAAAGACUACUAAGAGGCUGCGAUUGCAAAGACAACUGCUAUCGUGGACUCAAUCCAGAAGCUGUAUAUCGUCAUAGGCUGAACAUAGCGGAAUUGACUAAAAGUGAGCAUGACAUGUACCUGAUGGGCAUCACAAUGGCAAGUUUGGCAAACCCUGCAGAAACAUCACGACAUAAGGUUAGAAGGAGACUGCGAGCUUGUUACGUCUAUCAAGGGCGAAAGGUUUGUUUAGAAGCUUUCUUAUAUUUAGAAAAUGUUACACAUUAUCAGCUUAAGCGCAUCAGGCAGCAUGUAAUGACACACGGCGUCGCGCCGCGGAUACAUGGCAAUGUUGGCAAGAAGCCAUACAACACCUUCACACUAGACAUUUAUAAACAUGCUACAAAUUUUUUAAAGGAAUACUUAAAACAACAUGCAUGUUCACCUAAAGAUGUUCAGCCAUCUGGUGAGGGAGGUAAGAAAACUAGUAAAACUGUGAUCAUUCAAGGUGACUCCAGGAAACACUUGUUUGAAGCAUACAAAGAGUAUGGAGAAAUCUUAGAGCCCGGUGUAAAACUUAUGGGUUAUUCAACGUUCCGAGCUUUUAUGAAGGACCAGUUUCCACAUGUCAAGUUUGCCACAAAGAAACAAGAUCUACCAAAAGACAUGGUGCCGUUUCGAAGUGGGAAAUGUAUGUCAUAUGAUAAAAAUAAAGAUCCUAUUAGAAUACAGCAAGAAAAAGAAAAGGCUGAAGCUAAGAAGGCAGCUAUGGAGGCUAAGAAGAAAGAGGAACAGGAAAGGGAGCAGCAGGCACAACAACAAGCCCAACAACAGCAGCAGCAACAACAACAAGUGCAGCAACAGCAGCAACAAGUACAACAGGUACAGGUACAACAACACCAGCAAAUGCAAAACCAACCACAUGUGGUCAUACAUCAGCAACAACCACAACAACAGCAGUCUAUGCAGCAACAGAUGUUAGUUCCUCAAGUGAGUCAACACCAACAAGUACUAACACAGCAAGUUGGUGGUGUCCAACAAGUGGGACAGCAGCAUUGUGUACAACCUCUUGGUGUAUCCGAAGAAGGUGGGCAACCAGUAGAAAUGGCACAACAAGUCAUUCCAUUAGCUGUUGUGCAGCAACCUCAACAAGCUUACAUUGUGACACCUGUUUCUCACUUCCAAACACGCGUCCAAGGUGCAUGGUACAGACAUUGACAGCAGCCGACAAAUGGCUCUUCCGAGGUUUCAAGAUAUAUGCAACUGAAUAAUAGAGAAAUGAUUUUAAUAUAAUAAGAUCUCAUUGACUGAAAAUGUCAUCAAUUUGUGAAUGUUCUCUAUAAAAUUUGGUUGGUCUUGUAACGCUACACGUAACUUUGGCAAUAAGUUAGCAAAGAUAGGUUAACACCUUUUCAGUAUUGGUUUUAAAACUGAUUGUAACAAUUUUAUGUCUAAGUAUAACCAUAUAUACACGACUUAUAUUAGCAGUAGGUACGUAGUUUUAUUUUUUAUUCAGGAAUUUGAUUUUAAUUUUAUUAAUCAUUACAAUUUCUUUUAGUGUGUCGUGCUAUUUAAAUAAAAAUAGAUGGUACAUUAUAGUACAAAUAAUUACGGUGAUAUGCCAUUCGAGGUAACUCCCGUGCAUCUUAAGAUAUUUGAAUAAAAUAUUAGAUUUAAACAUUUAUUUUGAUACUAAAUGGCCACUGUUUUCUUUAUUCAAAUGAUCUUGUAUAAUUCAUUAAGUUAC